GCUUUCUCUGAAGCUCAGACACAAUGAGCCGUCAGACGGAGAGGGGCGCGCGCGCUGGGCCCGGGCUGUUAGCAUGAUUUUACAGCUUUAUUCUUCUAAUUGUGCCUUGAUUUGGUUUUAUUAGCGUGUUUUUAAACUUCUGACGCAUCGAAGGAUCCAAACGACAUCCGCCGUAAAGCAGGUUGGCCCCCGACUUUGAGGAGGAGGAGGUCAGGAUUGGAUCAACGUCACAGUUCGUCCGACAUAGCGAGACUUUUCCAAAGAAAAAGCCAAAGCGGAGGAGGAACCAUGUCGCUGCCCGCUUCGUCUGAUUACUUCGCCGCCGAGUGUCUGGUGUCGAUCUCCAGCGGUCCGGUCCUGCACAGACCCACCCCGGUGGCCCCGGCCAGCCUGCCCGCCCCGGUGGGCCUUCACCCCGGGGAGCCCGACGGCUCCAGCGAGGACCGGGAAGUUCGAGAGACUUUAAGGCUGGAGGGCUCCAACAUCAUCACGGUGGCGGGGAUCCUCACCGACCUGCACAGCAAGUUCCGCCCGAUGUCGGCCUACUCGGAGAGCAGCAACUCCUCGUGCGGUGGGGAGAGCGGCUACACCACGUUGUCCGACCCCACCACCCCGACCAUGACUCCCUCAGCGACGCCCAUCCCCGGACAGCAGCAGCGGGGCGCCGGGCCUCCGCGCUCCCCCGUCAAGCGGCACCAGUGCACCUUUGACGGAUGCGACAGAGUUUACGGGAAAUCAUCGCACCUGAAGGCGCACAUCCGGACGCACACAGGCGAGCGGCCAUUCCCCUGCACCUGGCCCAAAUGCGAGAAGAAGUUCGCCCGCUCCGACGAGCUGGCCCGCCACACCCGCACCCACACCGGGGAGAAGCGCUUCCUGUGCCCGCUGUGCGACAAGCGCUUCAUGCGCAGCGACCACCUGAUCAAGCACGCCCGCCGCCACCCAAACUUCCAGCCCUCCAUGCUGGCCCGCUGCAAGGCCCCGCCCGCUUCGUCCCGCCAAGCCGCCCACACCUAAGGAGGCGUCGGAGCGAAACUGGUUUCCUGUUAAUCCCACAGGUGCAGAGCUGGAUGUCAGAGGCUCUCUGUCUCACACAGAUGUUCUUCUGCUUCCUCUGAACGCAGCCUCCAGCAAUCUCCUAGAAGAAAUCUCCCCGUUUCAGUUUCUCCUUUCCUAAAAUCAACCCUACUGCUGCACAUGCCUGUAAAGUUUACAAACUCAGAUCGGACGGAGCCUUCAGGGUGGAUGAGGCGUUAUUCACCACAGAGACGGAUGGUUAAACCGCCCCCCCCCACCCUGACGCUUAAACAGCUGAAAAGAGUCGAUGAAAUCCACACAUACCAAAAAAACAUUCCCGAUCCCGCAGCAGGAUGUGAUGCGAUCACAUCCAUGAUUUCCAGGCUUUGGUUUGUUUUUAACCAAAUGACUCUGAAUACCUCACAGUUCAAACGGAUCCGCGGCGCCGCGAAUCGCUUUGUGUCCCGAUUCUUCUUCCUCUUUGACUGCGACAAGAACAGUGGAGUAAAACUUAAGCCAUAAAAGACUCCGAACAAACUCAACCUCUCAGAUUUCAAGUGGCAGGGAUUUUUCUUCACCUUUUAUGAUUUAUGUAAGAAAAA